AGUCCAGUGCGCCUGCGCGUCUUACCGGACAAGAUGGCGACCAGCAAUGGUGGAGGAAUGGAAGUGGAUGGGGCAGCCAGCCCCAGUGUUAUGGCAUCAGGGGUCACCGGGAGUGUUUCUGUGGCCUUACACCCUCUGGUCAUCCUCAACAUAUCCGACCACUGGAUACGCAUCCGCUCACAGGAGGGACGACCGAUGCAGGUGAUCGGAGCCCUGAUCGGGAAGCAGGAGGGGAGGAACAUCGAGGUGAUGAAUUCCUUCGAGCUGCUGUCUCACACCAUAGAUGACCAAGUGCACAUUGACAAAGAAUACUACUACACCAAGGAGGAACAGUUCAAACAGGUCUUCAAAGACAUGGAGUUUUUGGGAUGGUACACCACAGGCGGCCCCCCAGACCCAUCAGAUAUCCAUAUUCAUAAGCAGGUGUGUGAGAUUAUCGAGAGCCCGCUUUUCCUCAAGCUUAACCCGAUGACCAAACACACCGACCUUCCUGUUAGUGUUUAUGAAUCUGUGAUCGACAUCAUCAAUGGCGAGGCGACUAUGCUGUUUGCUGAACUGACGUACACUUUGGCCACAGAGGAAGCAGAGAGAAUCGGCGUUGACCACGUCGCUCGAAUGACAGCCACCGGCACUGGAGAAAACUCAACAGUUGCUGAACACCUCAUAGCCCAGCACAGCGCGAUAAAGAUGCUCCACAGCCGGGUGAAGAUCAUCCUGGAGUACGUCAAAGCCGUGGAAGCAGGAGAGGUGCCAUUUAAUCACGAGAUCCUCCGAGAAGCCAACGCCCUGUGUCACAGACUGCCGGUCCUCAGCACCACGAAAUUCAAAACGGACUUCUACGAUCAAUGCAACGACGUGGGCCUCAUGGCCUACUUAGGCACCAUCACGAAGACCUGCAACAGUAUGAACCAGUUCAUCAACAAGUUCAACGUUCUGUACGACAGACAGGGCAUCGGCCGGAGGAUGAGAGGACUCUUCUUUUGAAGCCAGAGACGAGCGAGCACUGCAGUUUCUUUUCUUCCUCUGUUUUUGUUCCUCUCUUGGUUGGUUUGUGUUUCAGCUAAAACAAACUCCGUAGCUUCUCAGACCAGUUCACCAUUUUGGGCCACAGGUGUAUCUAAAAGCAUUUAAACACCAGUCAGUCAGAGAAACUCUUUCUCCAGUAUGCACAGAGAUGAAUCCACUGUACAUGAGCGUUAUUUUAUUUGACCCCGUUUGUUUUAUUGUUUCAUGUUUCUGUAUGUAAUAAAUGAUCUGCUGAUUUUUUU